AUGCCCAGAUUGUUCCUCGCUAAUACUCGACUGAAAUGGCCGAGCACUUCUGUGAGCGCAGCCACAGCCAUUUCCACUAGAUUUCGAGGACGCAGUCUUCAUCUAGCACCACCGUUUCUACUCGAUGACUAUAUCCCUAAAUACCAUCUACUAUCAUCGGUGGACGCAGCGAAGAAAAGAUCCAAGGCAUAUGCUCAUCUACGAAAGUGCAACCUCUGCCCUCGCCUCUGUGACGUGAACAGAUACGAGACGACCGGCCAUUGUCUCAUCGGUGCCGAGACGGUAAAAGUUUCGACCAUCGCACCUCACUUUGGUGAAGAGCCCUGUUUACAAGGUCACAAUGGCUCUGGAUCGGUCUUCUUCUCAGGCUGCAACCUGCGCUGCGUGUUCUGUCAGAACCACGACAUUGCCCAUCAAAAGAGCGGGUUUGAUCUCACGCCUGAAGAGCUCGCAGAGUGGAUGGUCAAGUUACAGGAGGUGGGUGCCGUCCAUAACAUCAACUUUGUCACUCCAGAGCAUGUUGUGCCACAGGUGGCCCUGGCAAUUCUCACCGCACGGGAUAUGGGGUUGAAGGUUCCAAUCGUCUACAACACCAGUGCAUUUGACAGUCUGGAGAGCCUGCAUUUGAUGGAUGGACUGGUAGAUAUCUACCUUCCAGACUUCAAAGUGUGGAAUAACGAUACGAGUAAGAGAUUACUCAAGGCUGAUGGCUAUGCCGACGCAGCUAGGGAAUCUAUUCAAGAAAUGUAUCGACAGGUAGGUGAUCUGUGCUUCACGGGUGAUGGUAUCGCCAAAAAGGGUGUUCUCGUACGUCAUUUGGUUAUGCCUGGUAAGGAGCAAGAAGGAGUGGAGAUAAUGAACUGGUUGGCCAGUGCGAUCAGCAAGGAUGUCUUUGUCAAUGUCAUGGAACAAUAUUUCUCGACUGCACAUGUUGGCAAAGAGAAAAGAGGUGCCAAUAGCAACAAAGACAAACGGUAUUCUGAGAUCAACCGACCAAUUAAUCGUGAUGAGAUCAAUGUGGUGCAGAAAGCGGCCCGGGAUGCUGGACUCUGGAGGUUUGCUGAAGCUGCCAGACAUGGUGGUUGGAAUGUAUGA